AUGGCCCAGAUUCUUGUUCCGCAUCAUGCAGCUCUGGAUUUGAUUCCUCUGCCAUUACUGCGAGACAGGGCCAUCAUGUUGUCUUUCGCCAUGCCAGAGAUUUUUGAUCUUUGGGACCUCAAGCUGGAUAUUUAUGUUCGGCAAGGGAUUGUGCUAAAGACGGGUGGUGAUCGUUUGCCAUGGGAUCCAAAGAAUUGGGAUAUGAAGCCUUGGUUCGGAAAGAAAUGGGGCAUGCCUGUCUGUGAAUAA